CGACAGACUUGUGGGAGCCCAGCGCUCAGUAGCACGGAAGCAGCUGCCUGGGGCUCACGUCCUCUCCUGCCCGCCAGCACUGUGUACACCCGCCACACUGUGAACCCUGUGAGGCGUCUUGUGAGUCAUGGGACAGUAGUGACACUGACGCAGGAUAAUCUAGUCCUAACAGAAACUUAUCGGUGACUUAAAAGUAUACAUAAACUGGACUCACAAGGAAGUAUCAUGGCUCUUGAUACACGAGUGUUCAGGUGGACAAACCCGUCGUCGUUCAGUGAUUUGUGCACUGACGAUUUCAACGGGAUAGUAGGAAGUGAUCUGCGUCAAGGGGAGUACUUGGACGCGUAUAGUGACGGCUGCGACACGCCCUCCGCCAGCCCGGGCAGUGAUGACGCGCCACCCAGCCCAGCUAACCAGCACUGCCCCCACAACCUCAACACAAGCACGCCAGUCUACACAGACCUCACCACUCCCACCUCCAAUGCCUUCACUUCGACAAACUAUUACAGUGACGGCAGAAACUACUUUAAUGGCUCUGAACCUCCCGGGGGGCAAGCAUUUCAGCCCACGCCAGAAUUCCAAGGACCGACAACGCUAGCAAGUGAGAAUAAUAACGCCUUCACUCCUGUUAACUAUGAGAACUUUUGGCCCAGCGGUGGAGCUCCCCAGAACACACAAUCCAUGGUGCCCUCCGCCUACCAGCCUAUGGCACCUCACAAGCUGGAGAUACGCACGGAGACGCUCGUCCAUAACCAGGGGAUUUUCGACCGCAAACCUCUCAGAAUACGACGGAGACAGCCUAAGUUUGUGAACGGUGAAGUGAAGAAGAAGCGACGAAUUCAAGCGAACGCGAGGGAACGACGGCGGAUGAACGGGCUUAACGACGCAUUUGAAAGACUCCGGGAGGUGGUGCCGGCGCUCGGGAACGACAGAAAACUCUCCAAGUUCGAGACGCUGCAGAUGGCACAGACGUACAUCACCGCCCUGGCGGAGCUGCUCAAGAGAGAUACUUAGGUCCGGCUCCUGUUCAUCAUAUAUUAUGUGUAUACAAUCUAGUGACCAUUUUUCAUUAGCAAGUUCACUUAGUCCCAUAUAAUGCACCACUUAUUUAUUUGACUGAAGUCUAUAUUUUAUAAUUGAACUAUAAUUUGUAGAAUUUUCAAGGUUCACCUUUGUGUUACAUUAACAUUUUAAUGUCAGGACAAGUAAAGCCUCGGACACUCUCUACUUAAACUAUCCGCAUCAUACUAAGUCAAUACUUCCUAUAAACUGAGCACACACUAACUAAUUCUGUUUUAAGGAUUAUUACAAACACGUGAGUACAUCAGGUUAUACCAAAAGACUCCUCAAGAAAACACAAUGGGUAUAUUUCGCACUGUGUUAUUUACUUUAUAUUAUCUGCAAAUGCUAACAUGUAAAUCUCCUCUUUGUGUAGAAAUAGUAGACCUGUCUCAGUUCAUAACCUCCAGUUACUGAGGAAUGUUAUAUUAAACACAUCCUUACUGAGGACACCAGGAAGCGACCCACCCGAUGCUAGUUCUAAGUUCCCUACAGUCUGUGAUAUAUUAUGUUAAGGUUAUUUGUUGACUCAUCUACGUUGUUGAUUCUGUUGUUAAUGGUAAAAUAAAAUCCAAUGAAGUAAA